AUGGCGCCCAAACUCUCGAAAGGUCUCCGCUACCUCUUCACGAUCUGCCUCUUGCCGCGACGAUUUCCCCAGCCCGUCACGGACUACCCAAGCAGAGCAACGCCCGAAAGCACCGCCAGAAUAUGCAGAUGCCAGUCCUGCCGGUGGUUUCCUUUUCACGUCCGUCAGCUUGAGCUCGACGGCGUUUCGCACACGAAGAGAUACCCGCGCGAAGGCUUCAACGUGGUUUCGGCGUCCUUCAGCCUCAGAGCACAUCAGUGGGAAGGGGCCAUACCAAGCCAAGCGCCCCUCCAGAACCUCGCAUCAUUUAGCAACACUGUGUGCAUUGCGCGCAGGAGCCACCAGUGGGAGGGGGCCACUCCAGGCCGAGUCUGGCCUCCUACGUCGAGUCUAUUCAGCAACAGCGUGCAUCUUAUGCCCAGGAGCCACCAGUGGGAAGGGAUCAUCCCAAGCCAAGCCUGGUCCCCAGUGUCGGCCUUAUUUAGCAGCACUGCUCGACUGACACCCAGGAGCCACCAGUGGGAGGGAGCACAAGAUCUGGAAGAGGUGUGUCGUAGCGAAGUUGCUAGUCGCUCGGCCGAAGAUACUCUCAGCAUUCACAAAAGACAAGGAGACCAUAAGCCUAAUCAGUUGCCCCUGGUCGUUCCUUUGGUUCCUACCACGUUCUCGCCGUUCAUAAACAGACCACAUCGGCGGAGAGGAAAUGCCGGCGCCAUGCCGCGCUCUGGAUACGACACAACUAAUAUGCGCGUGGCGUCGAACCCGCGAUCGGCAGCCUUUGCUGGGGCGAGCGGCAACUCGAAGAACGAGAAGCCAGGGCGUGGUGGCAAACCCGGCGACGGGAAGAGCGGCGAAGAUAGCGGCAAGGGGGGUGGCGGCGACGAGGGCUCUGAGAAGACGACCGAACAGAAGCCGGACCAGGGAAAGAAAGAUGGGGAAUCGAUGACUGAAGAAGUCAUCAAAAAUAUCGACCAGGUUCGCAUCCCACUCGCAGGUCGUGGAUGGACAUUUUGGAUCUGA